AGAGGGCUCGCCGAGGCUGCAGUCGCAUUCCUGGGCCUUUGGAAGAUGGGUUUCUGGACUAUCUUGCGUGUUCGUUUCCAGCCCCAGGACCUUGUACUCUGUGCCACACUGGCGCCCAAAGAUGGUUGCAGAGCAGGCCCUAGAGGAGAUCCUUUUACCUGCCCUGAGUCUCCUUCCACCCUGGAACAUUUUACAGGGGACGCUGACUCUCCUCUGUGACGCUAAGACAGAUGGCAGCUUCCUCGUGCACCACUUCCUUUCCUUCUACCUGAAAGCUAAUUGUAAAGUCUGCUUUGUGGCACUCGUCCAGUCCUUCAGCCAUUACAAUAUUGUGGGACAGAAACUGGGUGUCAGCUUGACAGCGGCUCGGGACAGAGGGCAGCUUGUGUUCCUGGAGGGCCUCAAGUCCUCUGUGGAAGUCCUCUUCCACUCUCAGGAGGAGCCUCACCCCCUGCAGUUUCUCAGGGAGGCUGGUGCAGGAAACCUGCAGUCACUGUAUACGUUUAUUCAGGACUCCUUGAAGCCUGCGGACAGUGAGGAGUCCCCAUGGAAGUACCCAGUGCUGUUGGUGGACAACCUCAGUGUGCUGCUGAGCCUGGGCGUGGGGGCAGUCGCUGUGCUGGACUUCAUGCAGUACUGCAGAGCCACGGUGUGCUGCGAACUAAAGGGAAACGUGGUAGCCCUUGUGCAUGACACUGAGGGUGCUGCAGAUGAGGGGAAUGACAUCCUGCUGAACGGCCUCAGCCAUCAAAGCCACCUGAUCCUACGGGCUGAGGGCCUGGCCACUGGAUUCUGCAAGGACGUGCAUGGGCAGCUGAGCAUCCUCUGGCGGAGGCCGUCAAAGUCCACAGCCCAGCGGGCUCGAAGUCUCACUUACCAAUACAAGAUACAGGACAAGAAUGUGACCUUUUUUGCCAAAGGAAUGUCUCCUGCUGUUCUCUGACCUGAUUUGGGACAACUGAAGUGACUUUGGACAGUUAAGAAGCACCCUGGCAGCCAGGCGUGGUGGCGCACGCCUUUAAUCCCAGCACUCGGGAGGCGGAGGCAGGCCGAUUUCUGAG